CCCUCCACCUUCGCCCAACACACCCCCACCUAACUCACUACCUCCCAUGGCCGGCGUGCCAGCAACCCCCUCCCACCGGCCGCCACCGUGCCCCCACCCCUCUACCUUUCUUCGACCACCGCCCCCGGUGCUUCACCUUCCCCCAACCCCACGCCCCACCUUCUACCCCCCCCCCCACCCCCCCCCCCCUUUCUUCAGUGCCACCCACAGUAGUGGCGAGAUCCGCCGCCACCGGGCCCCGGUGUGGCUUCAACCACCGGAUCCGGCCACCACGGCCCCCCGGCGCAGCCACAACCAGAAUCGGCCGUGACGGCCAUGGGUGCGGCAACCAGCCCCCCAUCUUCCCUUGGGCGGCUGUGAACUUCAUCUCCAUCACCGACGAGCCUCCCCUCUCCUCUGGCAGGAUUACAGCAAUCUCCGCCGUGCCAUGGCCUGUCUCGCGCUGGCUUCUGCCGCAGAGGCCACUGGAUCCAUGGCAAGUGGAUCCCGUGCGUGCUAGAUCCGGCUGUGGUGCGCCCCUCCACUCCAUGCAGUUCUCUUCCCGUGAGGCUCGCCGUUCUCGAUCCCGAGCUCCAGGGCUCCUCAAUGAUGACUCCGAAGAACAACCGUGGCCACUUGGAGGCGCAGAAAGGAGGGCAACAGCAGCGCCGCCGUCGGACGGCUGGAGUCCUGCUCCUCCCCUUGUUCUCGUCCUUGUCUGUGUUCAGGCGCGGCUAUCAGCGUUGGCCGCUGCGGGUGUCACGUGCAGCUCGGCCCACGGGGACGAGAAGUACGUCCCACAGGACACUGCUGUAUUUUGUGGAAUCCUAGUACUGGACUGGCUUGGUCUUUCAACGAGCUCCACAGGUCGUCCGCCGGCGGGAUCCUCUGGAGCUGCACUGGCAAGGGCUCACUGUUGCUUCUCAUUGCAGCUCACUGUUGUUCCCCACCUGAUGUCGAGAAGUGCAGGUUGCUUCUCAUUGCAGCUCGGUUGGGUCGCCGGUGCAGUACGCAGGCACGUGAGAGGACGACGGGCGUGUAGUUUGGUUUCGGCUGUGCGUUGCUCCGGUAUGGAUGUGCGCGUCAUGCGUUUUACUCGACUGUGCGAAGAAGGUUCUUGGAGUCCCUCGGCGUGCAGUUUCGACAGCGGCUCGUCAGCUUGUCCCGUGUUUUACAGUUGGUGCCUCUGCGUGUGCAUUUUAGUAGUUGGCCGCCCCGUGUAGUUUAGUUAAUGUGUGUGUAUCUACAAAGAAGGAUUUUGUUUUUGAGCAUGUACCAUGCAGUUUGGAGCAUGUGAACAUGCAGUGCAAAAUGGUGCAUUUUGUUUUUGAGUAGUUUAUGUAUAAAAAUUAUAGGGACUUUAUUUGAAAGUGUUCAGAAAUUACAGUUUGGAGUAUCUGCACAUGCAGUGCAGACGCUGCUUUUGUGUU